AUGCCAUUUAAAAACAUAUUUAGUUCAUCAUCGACAUCAUUGAAUGAUCAACAAUCAACAUCAUCCCAUCGAUCUUUUUUAAAACUGAAGAACAAUUCACGUCUGGUUACACCUAUAUCGACUGCUAGUUCAGUCGCAUCGAAACGAAAUGGUGGGGAUGCUGCUGCCGCGUCACCACAGCCACCACCACCGCCACCGGGACAAAAUAGCGCAACUCAGCUACCACCGCAACAACAACUGAAUCAACACCAUCAUGGUGUUUUCAAUCACAAUCAUCUGCAUCAUCACAAUCAUAAUAAUCUGCAUCAUAAUAGUCCAUUUUCAAACCAUUCUUCAAAAAACCACUCACCUGCAUCUUCAAACAGUGAUGUUUCCACUAGCAAAGAAGGUGGUGGUUCAUUAAAACGGUUUCUCAAGAAAUUUAAACCUAAUGGUCUUACUCAUAAACAAUCCAAACAUAUUGGUGCUGGAAAACCUGAUCCCAUUAGUCCAGCUGCUGAUUUAUUCAAAAAGUAUGGGUCGCCUGGUAAGUUAUUGGGAACCGGGGCUAGUGGAUCAGUAAAUUUGUUAACUUCCAAAACUGAUCCAACAAAGAUUUAUGCUGUCAAGAAAUUUAGAAGUAGAUUACCCAAUGAACAAGAAAGUGACUACACAAUCAAAGUACAGAAUGAAUAUAGAGUUGGUGAAUAUUUAGAUCAUCAAAAUAUCAUCCAUACAUAUGAAUUAAUUAAGGAUUAUUCAAAAGUUGGUGGUAAAAUCACUGAUCCUGAUUAUUAUAUCGUUAUGGAAUAUUGUCCAUUUGAUUUUUUCAAUUUAGUAAUGAGUGGAUUAAUGAGUGAAAAUGAAGUAAACUGUUAUUUUAAACAAAUUGUCAAAGGUGUUCAUUUCUUACACGAAAAUGGAUUAGCCCAUCGUGAUUUAAAAUUAGACAAUUGUGUUGUCAAUACCCUGGGGAUUUUAAAAUUGAUUGAUUUUGGAUCAGCUGUACAAUUCAAAAAAGAAGUACCUAAUGGAUAUUAUGUAACUGAUCAUGAUACAAUGUUGGAUCCAAAUCAUAAGUUAAUUUAUGCUCGAGGUGUUGUGGGAUCAGAUCCAUAUUUAUCACCAGAAGUAUUUGAACCUAUGGGAUUGGGAAAUGGAUAUGAUCCAAGAACAGCUGAUGUUUGGUCAAUUGCGAUAAUAUAUUGUUGUAUGAUUUUAAGACGGUUUCCUUGGAAAUUACCCAAAUUGAGUGAUCCUUCAUAUAGAUCAUUUGCUGGCCCACAAUUGAACCCAACAACCAAUACCAUUGAACAAGACAUGAAUAGUAUGCAUAUUGAUCAAGAACAAUCACAGCAGCAGCAACAACAACAUCAAGAUAGACAUGCACAUCAUGGACCUCAAGGGCCCAACAAGUUGUUUAGCUUACUCCCAUCGGAUUCACGCACUUUAUUAAAAAACAUGUUGAUAUUAGAUCCUAAACAACGAUAUUUAAUGUCUGAUGUGGCAAAAGAUCCUUUUUUACAAAGUAUAAGAGAAUGUAAAGUGAUUGGAGAUCGUAAUGAUCAACAUACAGUUGUAAGUGACAAUCAUACCCAUCAUUUGGUAACUGAAGAAGAUUUGAAAAAAAUUGAUCAAGAAAAAGCCCGAGCUAAAAAGUUGAGAGAAGCGGGAAUGGGAUAG